AUGGAUUCAAAUCUUGAACCGAUGCCAAUUACUUCACAAAAACAUGACCCAGCAUGGAAGCAUUGUCAGUUGUUUAAGAAUGGGGAGAAAGUGCAACUCAAGUGUAUAUAUUGUCUUAAGAUGUUCAAAGGUGGUGGGAUUCAUAGGUUUAAGGAACACCUUGCUUGUCAGAAAGGGAAUGCUUCAAUGUGCAGUAGUGUCCCUGCUGAUGUUAGGGCUCAUAUGCAGCAGAGUUUGGAUGGGGUUGUGGUGAAAAAGAGGAAGAGGCAGAAAAUUGAGGAAGAGAUUAUGAAUGUUAAUCCUUUAGCUACUGUUUUGAAUGGUGCUUCUAAUCAGAUGGAUGUGAAUCAUAUGGUGGUUCAGCCUGUUGGAGUUCUUGAUUCAGUGGAACAAAAUUCAUGUCACAUGUUACCGUCUCUGGGUGAUGGAAUGAGUAAAAAUGUAGAGAGAAGGAAGAAGAUUAGAGCUACUAAGAAUCCUGCAGUAGUGGUUUAUUCAAACUCUGAGGCUGAGACUGGUGUUGCCGCUGUGGAGAAGAAUGCGACCUUCCCGAAAAAGGUGGACAAUCAUAUUCAUAUGGCUAUAGGAAGGUUUUUGUAUGAUAUCGGUGCGCCUCUUGAUGCUGUGAACUCGAUAUAUUUCGAGCAAAUGGUUGAAGCGAUUGCUUCUGGGGGGUCGGGUUUUCAACGUCCCUCGCAUCAUGAACUUCGUGGCUGGGUCCUGAAAAACUCUGUGGAAGAUGUGAAGAAUGAUAUAGAUAGAUGCAAGAUGACAUGGGGGAGGACCGGCUGUUCUAUUUUGGCUGAUCAAUGGACUACAGAAGCUGGUAGAAUACUGAUAAGUUUUCUGGCUUAUUGUCCUGAAGGCAUAGUGUUUCUGAAAUCCUUGGAUGCGACUGAGAUAUCGACAUCGGCGGAUUUUUUAUACGACUUGAUAAAACAAGUAGUGGAAGAAGUUGGGGUCGGGCAAGUUGUGCAAGUGAUUACAUCGGGAGAAGAACCAUAUGCUGUUGCUGGGAAAAUGCUAACCGAUGCUUUUCCUAACAUUUAUUGGAGCCCUUCUGCAGCUCAUUGCAUCGAUUUGAUACUUGAAGAUUUUGGAAAUCUUGAGUGGAUUAGUGCAGUGAUUGAACAAGCUAAAUCUGUAACAAGAUUUGUCUACAAUUACAGUGCAAUUUUGAAUAUGGUUAGAAGGUAUACUUUAGGGAAUGAUAUUGUGGAUCCCUCGUCCUCGCGCUUCACGACAAACUUCACCACUUUGAAACGAAUGGUUGAUCUUAGACACAAUUUACAGGCCAUGGUUACUUCUCAGGAAUGGAUGGAUUGCCCAUAUUCAAAGAAAACAGCAGGCUUGGAAAUGUUGGAUAUUCUAAGCAAUCAAACAUUUUGGUCGUCGUGUGAAAUGAUUGUUCGUCUGACACUUCCACUCUUGAGAGUUUUGAGAAUAUCUUCGAGUGAGAUGAGACCGGCAAUGGGAUACACUUACGCUGGCAUGUACCGAGCAAAAGAAGCGAUUAAAAAAGCGCUUAUCAAGAGAGAGGAUUAUAUGGUGUACUGGAAUAUUAUACAUCAAAGAUGGGAUAGGCUUUGGCAUCAUCCUCUUCAAGCCGCAGGCUUCUUUCUUAAUCCGAAAUUCUUCUAUAGCAUUCAAGGCGAUAUACACAGCGAGAUUCUCUCCGGGAUGUUUGACUGCAUAGAGAGAUUGGUACCUGAUACACGAGUCCAAGAUAAAAUUAUCAAAGAGUUAAACUCGUACAAGUCGGCCGCAGGAGACUUUGGGAGAAAGAUGGCAAUCAGAGCUAGAGAUAAUCUGCUUCCUUCUGAAUGGUGGUCGACAUAUGGAGGAGGCUGUCCUAACUUGUCACGCUUAGCCAUUCGCAUUCUUAGCCAAACAUCAAGUGAAAUAUUCUGCAAGAGAAGCCAAAUUCCUUUAGAACAAAUAAUCAAUACAAGGAAUUAUAUAGAGCGCCAACAUCUUACUGAUCUGGUCUUUGUUCAUUACAACCUCCGAUUGAGACAAAUGUUUAUGAAUAAAGAACAAGAAUCUAGUGACCCCUUGUCAUUCGAUAACAUUUCUAAUGUUGAAGACUGGAUCAGGCCACGGGAGUUAUACUUAGAAGAGUACGGGAACUCAGAUUGGAUGACACUCGAUUCGUCUUCCAUUAACACAAUGCUUUCAAGGCCUUUAAAUGAUGAACCUGAAGAAAUUUAUGAAGGGUUUGAUGAUCAUGAGAUUUUCAUUAGUCUGAAAGACGAUGAGAAUGUGAAUCCUGGAGACUCGUUCGAAAACCCUUAG